UAAACACAAAAUUCCAUGCAUAUUUUAAACACAUUUUUUUUUAUAUUCACUAUAAAAGCAAAAGUAAACCCAAGUAAGUCACGCAUAAUUCAAAGAGUGUUUUCUUAAAGACCACCAGCAAAACAAAAACAAACAAUUCAAUAAUGUUCAAAUAUACCAUUGUCAUCUUAGCUGUAAUUGCUUGUGCUGCUGCCAAACCAGGACUACUGGCUCCAUCACCACUUGCUUAUUCAUCUCCUUUGAUUGCUGCCGCUCCAGGAGUUGUGACUGCAACUAGCAGUCAAGUUAUUGCAAGAAACUACAAUGGAAUUGCCUCGGCUCCUUUAUUAGCUGCUGCCGCUCCAGUUGUUGCUGCUCCAUUUGCUGCUAGAUACUUAGCCUCACCCUAUGCUGCAGCAGCAGCUGCUGCUCCUUUGAUUGCUGCUGCACCAUUUGCUGCCAAUUACCUUGCAUCACCAUACACAGCAGCUCCUUUGGGAUACUCAGCUCCAUUAACUGCUGCUCCUUUGGGUUAUGCGUCUGCUUAUGGAUAUGCCUCACCCCUGAGGUAUGCCGCUUCAGCUCCAGUUCUGUUGUAAGAACAAGAAAUAGUCAAACAAAAAAGUCAUAAACAUAAGAAA